UUGAGCAGUUUCUCCUCUGGCACCAGAAAGACCGUUGAACCCGCAUCGCACCGAAAGAACGAGGCAGACAGAAUCAGUACGAAAAGAAGGCGGGGAGAGCAGAAGACAGACAGACGGAGCAAGUGAGAGAAGCAUGUGGGAGGGAAGUAAGAGAGGGAAAUUCGUGGAAUUGCCGAGACGUUUCUGAUCCCUGGCAUUUAAAUCGCCGAAUCCUCACUAUGCGUUGACAAAGAAGAGCAAUCGCUUGAAACCAAUGAAAUACACAAAACUCUAUCUUUGCGCUGCUCCGGUCGGGAAACAAUAGGAACCACGUUCGCUUGCGUGCGGAUAAGUCCACCUCUCCCAAACGGGCUUCUUCGGGGACUGCUUCAAAGGUGAGACUUGAAAACUUUGCCAUGCGGCAGGAAUCGGUUGGUUGUUUGCUCCCCCCUUUUCCUUGGUGAUCUUCCGACACUGAUGGGCAGCAGUUAUUUCGCUUGGAUGGGACAUGCCGGCGGCGCUGACAUGGAUCUCACCUGAAGGAAGAUCCCGUCUUUUUUUAAAGAACAAUUACACCCGUUCUAGUUGCGGGAUAGUUUCCUUGAAACUGCAACCCCGAGCGAACAAGGAAGCUCCGAUUAAGGCCACCGGUAAUUGACAAUCAGCAGCCGGGACUUCCAGCUAAAUUGCCCACACUGUGGGAGGGAGGGGUUGUGUUAUCUUAUUUAGUAUUAAUCCGGUGCGACCGUCCAAAUCCCAGUGCCGGAAAUGAGCCUGGGAAGAUGAGGCGAGAAAGCGCUCCUCCGCCUAGUCGCCCGUUCUGAGCCACCAGCCUCUCAUACAGCUCAAUAACUGUCAUGAAAAAGCCGGUAAAGAAACUGACCCUGAACUCCGGCGCAGCCUUAGUGGCGGCGGCAGAGGCGAGGGCUUUGAAACGGCACAUCUCUCCCACUUUCGGGAUUAUGGCUGAGAAAGGGGCGAGUCUCUUUCCUGGCCUCGAUUAGAGGCGUGGGUGGGGGAGGAAAACCACCCAUUCAGUUCUGCAGGUGUGUAGUCAGCCGUAGCCCCAGGGUCUUGGGAGCUGUGUUCUGUGCUUAACUGAGUUAGUCAGCGAGUGUGUCUACCGACAAACCCCACCCCCACUUCUGUAUUCCCCCAUAUAUCUUUCCUGGGUAAACAAUCCUUACCCACCCACUUGGUUUGGCAGAAAGAGCUGCCACCAUAAGAAGUGGAGAAAAGAAAUAGGUUUUUCCGUCAAUAAGAUCUUGGCUUCCUCGCUGACCAACACCAACACCCCCCCCCCGAUUUUUAUUUUUUUAUUUUUGCUCCCGCCCUCCUCCCUUUCGGAAUCUCUGGUGUUGUUUAAAGUCAGACAAUGGGGCGCCAGGAAACUCCCUUCGGCAGCUUGGAGGGAGGCGAAGAGCUUUAGCACCCACCGCGCAGAAAGGGGGAGUGCGGGUUGCCUGCUUGGUCAAUUUCAGCCCACGGAAAGCUCCCGCCUGCCUGGGCUCCCCGAUGGUUUUGCCUGGGCUCUGGAAGAGCUUCAGAUUCCGUCGUGCGCACCUCGCCCUCCUGAGCUGCUUCUGCACUAGAAUGUUGCGGCAGGUCUUGCACAGAGGACUGAGAACGUCUUUCGCCAGACUCGGCCACUUCGUUGCCAGCCACCCGGUCUUCUUUGCCUCUGCGCCCGUGCUCAUCUCCAUCUUGCUGGGGGCCAGUUUCAGCAAGUACCAGAUCGAGGAGAGCGUGGAACACCUGCUGGCCCCCAAACACAGCCUGGCCAAGAUCGAGAGGAACCUGGUCAAUAGCCUCUUCCCUGUGAACCGGUCCAAGCACCGGCUGUAUUCCGAUCUGCAGACCCCAGGGAGAUACGGCAGAGUCAUCAUCACAUCCUUUGUCAAGGCGAACAUGCUGGACCAAUAUCACACGGAUCUGAUCUUAAAGUUGCAUUCUGCUGUGACCAGAAUCCAAGUACAAAGACCUGGUUUCAAUUACACAUUUGCUCAUAUCUGCAUCCUAAAUAAUGACAAGUCCUGCAUAGUGGAUGAUAUUGUACAUAUUCUGAAGGAACUGAAGGCUGCUCGUUUGUCUAAUCAAACUAAUUUUGCUAUCCGAUAUCCAAUCACACACUUAAAGGAUGGCAGGGAAGUAUACAAUGGGCACCAGCUUGGUGGAGUCACUGUGCACAGCAAAGAUCGGGUAAAGUCUGCCGAAGCCAUUCAGCUUACCUAUUACUUGCAGGCAAUCAAUUCCUUAAAUGACAUUGUAGCAGAAAAAUGGGAAUCCAACUUCUGUGACACAGUAGAACUUUUCCAGAAAUCCAACCGGAAUGUCACACUGUAUCCUUUCACUUCAUCAUCCCUUCAAAAAGACUUCCAGAAGACAAGUAGGAUAUCAGAACAUUACCUAACCACAAGCCUAGUCCUUGUGGUGACCUUGGCAAUGCUCUGUUGUUCCAUGCAAGACUGUGUCCGCAGCAAACCUUGGCUUGGCUUCCUUGGCUUGUUAACUGUGACCCUGGCCAUUCUCACUGCAGCUGGAAUCAUUAAUCUGACUGGUGGGAAAUAUAAUUCUACCUUCCUGGGAAUUCCCUUCAUCGUGUUAGGGCACGGAUUAUAUGGAACUUUUGAAAUGUUGUCCUCCUGGAGAAAAACUAGAGAAGACCAACAUGUAAAAGAGAGAACUGCAGCUGUGUUCGCAGACUCCAUGCUCUCCUUUUCUCUCACCACUGCCAUGUAUCUGGUGACUUUUGGGAUUGGUGCCAGCCCUUUCACCAACAUUGAAGCAGCCAGGAUCUUCUGCUGCAAUUCUUGUAUUGCAAUUUUCUUCAACUACCUCUAUGUACUCUCCUUUUAUGGUUCCAGCCUCGUGUUUACUGGCUACAUAGAAAACAACUACCAGCAUAGUAUCUUCUGCCGAAAGGUACCAAAACCAGAGGUAUUGCAAGAGAAGCCUCCUUGGUAUAGAUUUCUUCUGACAGCCAAAUUUAGUGAGGAUACAGCAGAGUCAGAGGAAACAAACAGUUACGAAAGCCACCUUUUGGUGUGUUUCCUCAAGCGUUAUUACUGUGACUGGAUAACAAACACAUAUGUCAAGCCUUUUGUAGUUCUCUUUUACCUUAUUUAUAUUUCCUUUGCCUUAAUGGGCUACUUGCAGGUCAGUGAAGAGUCAGACCUCAGUAACAUUGUAGCAACUGCGACACAAACCAUGGAGUACACUGCUGCUCAGCAGAAGUACUUCAGCAAUUACAGCCCUGUCAUUGGGUUUUAUAUUUAUGAAUCAAUAGAAUAUUGGAAUGUGACCGUUCAAGAUGACAUGCUAGAGUAUACUAAGGGGUUUGUAAGGAUAUCUUGGUUUGAGAGCUAUUUGAAUUAUCUGAGAAAACUCAACAUAUCAACUGGAUUAUCCAAAAAGCAUUUUACUGAUAUAUUGAGGAACUCCUUUCUGAAAGCUCCCCAAUAUGCCCAUUUUUCAGAGGAUAUCAUUUUUUCAAAAAAAUACAGUAAUGAAGUUGAAGUGGUGGCCUCUCGAAUGUUCUUGGUAGCUAAGACCAUGGAUACCAAACGAGAAGAGCUCUAUCACCUCCUGGAAACUUUACGAAAGCUGUCUCUCAAAUCUAAAGUGAAGUUCAUUGUUUUCAACCCAUCCUUUGUCUACAUGGAUCGUUAUGCCUCCUAUGUGGGGGGGCCCUUGCAGAACUCCUGUAUUAGUGCUUUAUUCCUGCUCUUCUUCUCUGCAUUCCUAGUGGCAGAUUCUCUCAUCAAUGUAUGGCUCACACUCACCGUUGCCUCAGUUGAAUUUGGAGUUAUAGGUUUUAUGACCCUGUGGAAAGUUGAGCUGGACUGUAUUUCUGUGUUGUGUUUAAUUUAUGGAAUUAAUUAUACAGUUGACAACUGCGCACCUCUCUUGUCAACAUUUGUCCUGGGCAAAGAUUUCACAAGAACUAAAUGGGUAAAGAAUUCCCUGGAAGUGCACGGGGUAGCGAUUUUACAGAGCUACCUCUGCUUCAUUGUUGGUCUGAUUCCUCUCGCAGCUGUGCCUUCAAAUCUGACCCGUACACUGUUCAGGUGCUUGUUUUUGAUGGCAUUAGUCACCUUCUUUCAUUGCUUUGCCAUUUUACCUGUGAUACUAACUUUUCUGCCACCAUCAAAAAAAAAAAGGAAAGAGAAGAAAACUCCUGAGAAUCGGGAGGAAAUAGAAUGUGUUGAAAUGGUAGAUAUGGAUAGUACCCGUGUGGUUGACCAAAUUACAACAGUCUGACUAGUUGGUUUGUCUUGCUUUUUUUAAAAAAAAAUAACCAUCAUCCCUAAAUAUUGCCAAGAGAAAAAAAUCAUAUUGAUUAUAACAAUAGGAUUUGGAUGUCUGUUUUCAAAUUAAAACCAGGAGCAUCCAGAACACCAUGUGAAGGGGGAAAUGUGACUGUUUGUGGAUUGGCCUUCACAUAUAAAGUACAGUGACAUUUACAUUCACCCAAUACAAUGAGAGUGACAACUUGGGUUGCUACCUGAGAUAAAGACAAUAGAGAUGGGUUAUUAAAUAGCAUACUGCCGUGUCUGCCCUGCCAAUGCUGCUGCCCCUGGGGCAGUGUGUGCCCACACAUUGAAAGGUCAACUGUCAAGGCUGAAGAAGCAGUAAGUGUACAUUUUGGACACAGAGGCUAUGUAAAACUUUCAGUACAGCAAUAACUCAGUUCCAUGAGUCAGCUAUUAUGGAUCUUAGCCAUUACAUCUAACUUUUAUUUCUAUUGCUUCUAUUGCUGAGUCUUCGGAGAGGGGCGGCAUAUAAAUUGAAUUAAUUUAAUUUAAUUUAAUUCUUUUUUUCUUUUUCUUUUUCUGAAUAGAAACAUAUAUGCAAGUUGUUAAACAAAAGUAAACCAACAAUGGCCAAGAAAUUCAAAUUUAUGCACGGCUAAAUAGAGUUAUCACUGUUAAUCUAGGGUCAUUUCGCAGUUGCCUUCUUUUCUGAAUUAAUAAAUAUUUUAAAGUGGAAUUAAUCCCCUAUAUAUUUUAAUACAACAUAAUUUUCUAGCAUUUUUAAAGAAAAAAAAACAAAAUUAGUAAUACAUUCAAGUUAUCUGUUACAUCACUUUUUCAGUAGGGUUUAUUAAUGUUAUUUAAUAGGGAUUAUUAUUGUUGUGGUGGUGGUUGUUAUUGGAAACCCUGCUUUCCUAUGCUAGAUUUGAUAACAUUCUCUGAUAUGUUAGGAGAUCUAAUGGCAGAUUGGAAAAGGAAUAUAUUUAGCAAAUCCUACCAAAAUCCAUGAAACAAGCCUCAGAUGCCUAAAUUUUGUCUCAUAAAUGUGUAUGUUGUAGAAUGUCUUAAACUACCAACCAUUGUUCCAGGCUGUACACUAUUAGUACACAAAAAGAGGCUCAAUGUGUAGCCAUACAUAAUAGGUAACAUAAGUCACAAUCUUCAACUAGAAUUUCUGUCUCUGAAGUCUCUACUAUAAACUAUAAAUCAAGGAAAUCAGUUGAACUCUCCAGAAAAGUGAUUUUGAAUUCUUAAUGCUACAGUCUUUCAUGAGAUAAUGUUUAAAGGAACUGUUCUAAUAUAAUAAAACAGAGUAAAUAGUUAUCACUGCCCUCUUGAAAGGUAUAAGAUGUGGUGCCACAAGAGAAGAAGGAAUCAAACAAUUUACAGUUUUGCAGUGAACUAGGCCAGAGGGAUCCAUAAAACACAUUUCCAUCAUCUUUGGUGUAUCUACUUGGUAUAUCCCUGAUACUUGCUAAAAAAUAAUAUUGCCCUCUGUGAUACAGAAAAAUACCGAAUUUGCUUACAGUACUGACAACUCACAAAUUCUGGAAAAUUUCAAUUGACAUUAGCUACUUGUAGCUUUAGUGCUGGGCAUGCUAUUAGAGUCAUAGUAGGUAAAAUGUGUACUUAGCAGAUGGAACAGAGCAGACUAUUUCUCAAAGUUCCUUCUUAAGUAGGCAUGACCCUGGUGACACUAAUCAGUCAAUUCUCUAGAUUUGGUACCUGGCCUCCCAGAGUUCUCCUUUCUCUUAUUAUUUGCCCUGAAAAAACUGGCAAAGUUGAAUUAGAAUUGUGCAGUGGUAAUCACCAAAUUACAUUAUUUUUAUCUUUAUAUUGGCACUGUCCUUUUAUGUCAAAUCCUCCAUACCAUUGCAGAAAAUAAGAUUGGCAUGUUGAAGUAGCACAGGGGUGUCAAACUCAAGGCCCAGAGGCCGAAUCCGGCUCACAGGGUGCUUAGAUCUGACACGUGGGGCCACCCUGGAAACAGCAAAGGACCAGCCUGUGGUGCCUCUGCCAGUAAAAACAGAGCUCAAGAGGGCCGCCUGUUUUGCUGGCAGAGGGUUGCAGGACACCGUUGCAGCCGAAAACAGAGCUCAGGAGCCUGUUUUCGCUGGCAGAAUGCUUGAGCCAUCACAACAUGAGUGACAUCGAGCUGGCCAUCCUUACUCUGGCCAUGCCCACUCUGGCUCCCCAAGGUCAAACACAACCCUGAUGCAGCCCUCAGUGAAAUCGAGUUUGACACCCCUGAUGUAGCAGAUAAGGAAUUAAAUUGGUUAAUCCCUAGAGAUUAUUUUCCAAUAGUAUUUUCACUGCUGCUGUGCGGCAGGGUGAGUUCCCAUCAUUCACUCCAGCUCCUUGACGGGAACAUGAAAGGAGCCCCCAAGGGCAUCCCCUGGGCAACUGUGAUAUCACUGACUAAUUCUUUCAAUCUGGAAGCACUUCAAAGGUGCCUCUGACACAAAUGGGAUGGGGGGGAGUAGAAGAAAAAAAAUGGAGUAAGCUUUUGUGUUCCACUACUAUAAAUACGCCAUUAAAAUAACUUACAAAGGUUAUAUCAAGAACUUGACAAGCUUGUAAUUCAAACAUACUUGAACUUUUCUAUAUCACAGGGCUUUUUCAGCAAUCUAGUGAUUGGACAAACAGUGAGGAUAAGCACACUGAAUUAUUUGCAAGAAAAAAUAGUGCACAGUGAAUUUGUUUUGUUCAUUUUCAGAUAGAUAUUGUAACAUUUUUAUUCCAUUGUUACAAUAAACAGCUUCUAUUGUUGUUAGCCUCUGAAAUAUCUGCUAUAGAAGAAAGUUAAAAUGUUUUGUUCCUUAUCAAAUAAUUUUCUUCAAAAAGGGACAGCUUUUUCCUGCCAAACCUUAUUUCUUCCCAAUAUGAAAACCAUCACAGCAUUCUUCCUCUCCCAGCAUUCAGGUUGGCAAGUUGCUACAUGCAUAAAAUAUCUGUAAAAUAUGCAGUAGCUACUGCCAUAUAAAUUGUUUUGAGAAACUUCUUAAAAUUCACAUUUACCAAAACUAAAUAUGCUUUUGAGAGUACAAAAUAAUUGAAGGAAUUGAAUUCUUUGCUCCCAAUUGAUAAAUUCAGGUCCAAUGAUAUCUAUGACUUUGUCUUCUUUUAUACCAAAUUUAAAUUAAUGCAUAACAGCUUCAUGUAUAGUGUGAUUUUCCCCCCCCCCUUAUCUUACCACAUAGCAGGCUCUGGUAAAAUCUUACUGUAUGCCCACAAAUUUGUAAGCUUAUGUGAAUUAUUAUUUUUUUAAAUGUUCAGUUAUAUUUUUCAGACAUGUUUAUAUAUUAUUCCUAAACUGGAUGAUAAAAGUACUUUAAAUUUGGCUCUCAUAAAGACUAUAAAGAUGUGUAUAAUUGAACUCCUUAUUGAAUGAGAUUCUUACAGCGCUGCUGUAGUGUGUCCACAGGACACAGGAUAAAAAGGUUAUAUGACUUACAAUCAUUCAUUUAAUGACCAUUCCAAGUUACAACAGAACUGAAAAAAGUGACUUAUGACUGGUUUUCACAUAAGCAUUGCAGCAUCCCCAUGGUCACAUGAUCAAAAUUUGAGCACUUGCCAGUUGGCGUGUACUUAUGACUGUUGCACUGUCCUGGGGUCAUGUGAUCACUUGUAACCUUCCCAGCUGGCUUCUGAUAAGCAAAGACAAUGGGAGAAGGUAGACCUCUUAAUGACCAUAUGAUUCACUUUAAAAUUGCAGUGAUUUGCUUAACAACAGUUGUAAUAAAGGUCAUAAAAUGAGGAGCAACUCAAAUUAACAACUGCCUUGCUUAGCAAUGGAAAUUUUGGGUGUGUCUAUAAGUCAAGGACUAUAUGCAUGUGGAAAUUGAUUACAUUUUGAAGCUGAAGUCCUACAAGGUAUUUACACUACUUUUAUGUUUACUGAAAUAUAAUUCAUUUAGCCAAAUAACUCACUGAUCAGAGCAAUAUUUUUUUACUUUGGAAGGGAAAAAAUAAACCUACUUUUCUCUGUCCAUCAAGUUAAUUCAUACAAGUCUGUCUUAGAUAUUCCUUAGAAUGAAACAGAGGAAAAAUAACUGAAGUAAUUGGAACAAUUUCACUAUAAAUGAGCUAUAUCUAAAAUACAUGCCCAGCAUUUCAUUGUAAGCAGUAGAAAUCAGAAAAAUACAAAAGCUAUGAAACUAGAAGAAAAGCUCUCUAGCAAAAACAAAUGGAUGUCUUUUUCCAAAUCCCAACCAUUUUACUAAAUGAAACAAGACCUGUAAAAGGUUAAAUAUAUUGCAAAGAGGCUAAUGUUACAGUGAUAUGUGCCAAAUUCUAUUUGUAUCCUGGGAAGCUCCACAAGGCAAGACUAUUUCUAGUGCCACUGGAUUAUUCUUCUGCACGGUCUAUAUUUAUUCACUUGCUAAGGGUGACUCCCUGCCCCAGUAAAUCAAGUAAUGGGAUCAUCAGCAAACACUAGCAAAACUAUAUUACUUUAUCUAAAACAUUUAGAAAUGUUACCAUUUGCUGUGAAAACCCAUCUCCAAAAAACCAAGAGCUAUUUUGUAGGCUGUAUCUUAAAAGUCAUAAUAUAUUCACUUUCAUUUUUUAAAAAACAGUUUUCUAUAGACCAUAUAGAUGUUUACCAUAAGCAUCUGCUACUACAGAAAUGCUCCAAGCGUCUAUUAAUAAGUAUUUGAAGGUCAUGCAGAUUGUUGCUGUGAUAUGGAAAAGUGACUGCCAAAAAUACCAUAUGAGAAUGUUAAAGUAUAGCUGCAUUACUUAAGUUUCGGUACCAUCAAUCUGAUGCAGUUUACAAUCUGGCUAAACUGAUUUUUCAUUCAAUAAUUAACUGAUUUCUUCACACAAUCAAAGGGCUAAAAACACAAAUAUUAUAUGAUGUCAGGGUACCUUUUGGGCCUCAUCAAUAACAUAUUCCCUAAACACUUUUUAAAAAAUCAAAUAUCUUUCUAAAUAAAAAGGGUAUCAGCCCUAUCAUUGAUCAAAGUAAGGAACUUCAUGAAACAAGCCCUAGAAAGAUGGAGAUGGAAGAAAGAACCAAGCAUGCUUCACAAACUGCCCUGAUCCUUCUAGCUAGCUAUGUCCAUGGGUGAAAGGGAAGAUGUGUUCCUGUUCCCAGUAGCAAAGUAAGAUGAAACCGAGAGUCUAGUCUUCUGCUGUUAAGUAGAAAUACUGAAGUUUUGCUGUCUGGAGUUGGGUCUAGGACAACUCGCCACAGCCAACUCGCCAUGGCCAACUCACCACGGGACAAUUCACCAUAGCUAACUCACUAUGGGACAACUCACCCCAGGACAAAAGUUACACUACUAUCAAAGAAAUUGUGGAAUAGAAUCAUUAAAUGAUGCAAAAAUUGACAAAUUAAUGACAAAAAUUAGAAUAUUUUUAAAAUUAUUUUAAAUAAUUAAAUUGAAUUGUUGAAUUGUCCCACGGCAAGUUGGCCAUGGUGAGUUGGCAGUGGUGUAGUAUCCCAUUACAUUAUAUCCGAACUCUAGAGCAAGGGAGUCAUUUCCAAAUGUGCAUGGUACAUCAUCCUCACAGUUACUAAGAGUAUGACUCCUACUGGACUCAUUCCUCUUCCCAUCAAUCUAGUUGUUUAGGAACAAAAGAGUUGAGGCAAAGAUCUUGAAUUUUUUCAGUAAUCUCCCCUACCACCAUUAUCAUCAUUCCAAACAUAAUUCUUGAGGGUGCAGACUCAAAUAGGGUUCAGACGUUGCACUAACUGUAAUGUUUUUUCAUGUAGCAGCUUACCAAUUUCCAACUGUUAUAAUUUAUUAAAUCAAGUGUAAAGUUUAAUGUAUUGUGCAAAUCCUGCAAUAUGUGGUUUAUUCAAUAAACCCUAGGCACAACAUAAUUUAGAUCAAUAUAUAGUCUCAGCUACUGAGUCUCACAGAGCUCCAGCCCAGAUAAUUGAGAGCCACUAAGAACUUUCAAGCUGCGGCUAGAAAUAUUAUGAAGGGAAAUCUAUGUUUUAACAAUUUCAGUCACAACUUGAAGUUAACUGUUUCUUGCAUGAAGCAAAUCUUCAUGAGCUGAUUCACUGGCAAUAUUGAAGGAUGAAUACAGUUGGAAAAGGUGAUAAUUUGGGGCCAGGGGGAGAACUGCCAAUCAAAACAUGGCAACACAAAGGAUGUUUUUAUUCCAGCAGGAGGUAGGAACUUGAGAGGAAGGGGUUGGGAUAUGUAGAUGGAAGGUUAGGUCUGGUGGAAGACCACUUUCAUAGCCUGGGAAUAUACUGUUUUGUUUUGACUGGCUGCCAUUUUGACUUUUCUGAGCUCCAUUAUGAAUCCUCUGUCUCAGGGACUCAGAUUACUUCUACUUUUGAUGCUAGAGUAGAUUAGAACUGGUGAUAUAGAUACCUUAUAGAAAUAAGUGAAUCUAUUUGAAAACCAUUUUAGUUGUUAAAUAAAAGCUAUUUCUUUUGUUUUUAUGUAAACCAAAUGUCUGUAUUAUCAUCUGUCUCCCCUGUGUUGUAUUCAAUUCCAUAAUUUUAGAGACUUAAACAAUUUUUAAACCAGAAAAGACAGUUAGUAGUGGCAUCAUAACAAAAGAUAAGGGAAAAGAGCCCCAAAACAAGAAAGACAUAUGAUGGGAAGAUUUAGAUAGAUACAGCUGAAACUAAUGGUUAAAGUUGUGAAUUACAUUAUUGACUGAACUACAAAAGCUAUAUAAAUAACAUUUCAUGCAACUGUUAAUUUGAACCAAUGAAGUCAAUAAACUGUAAGAACAAUAAAAUAAAAUUAAAAAACCGAUAACCCUUAAAGCAAACAAGGAGGAGCAAAGUUAUGGAAAAAAGGAUGUAUUUUCAGAUAUGAAGAACUAAAAUUUCCAUUUUCUGAAGCUCUCCUGAUAGGGCAGUUGGAUGUAGUAGUAACACAAGAGGGCACUAAACUUGGAAAAGUUUGUAUAAAAUAUCAAUGCACCUGCCAGAUAAACUGAAAGUAUAAAAAUGAUGUACCUUCUUUAAAGUCAGGCAUUAAAGGAUAAUUGUAACUAUACUUGCUUCUAGAACUUGUCUUUAUCACCUCUAAAAUAUAUAUUUAAUCUAAGUAGAGAACAAACAUGGUCCGCCAUAUGUCACUGAACUGUAAUUUUCAUCAUUUGCCGUUGAGACAAGAUGGUUGGAAGUAGAGUUCAAAACUUCUGGUAGGUUGCACAUUGUCCAGUCCUGAUCUAAGUGACCUACAUAAAUUGCUUGACUGAAUUUGGAUAAAAGUUUAGCUAUCUCCAAUUAUUGUACUCUGAGAAAAAAGUCAACAAUCAAGAAACGGUUACUUGCCUUAGAUGAUCAAUAAUUUGAGUCUGGCUAUUUGUUCUUUAACUUUAACUUCACUUCAUUGUGCUAGGGAUGUAGGGGGAGAUGCCUUCUGCUUCCCAACCCCGCUUUCAUUUUCCAUGCAAUUAAGAUUCUGUCUACUUCUCCACCUCAUUUAAAACAGGUGGCAAUUGCUUAUAUAAUGAGUUAGCAGCAGUAGAUCCUAUGGAUGAGAGCAGUAGCAAUUGCUGCCCAGAGAAAAUCAGUUUGCAACUAAUUUACCUGUCCAAGUAAGCAAGCAGUAAUGUCCAUUAGGAAAUAUAACAUGAGAAGUUGCUCAUUGCUUGCACUAUCUCUUCACAGCUCCCUGCUGAUGCUCUUAGCAGCUAACAUCAGGAAUUCACUGCUUGCCUUCUGUUAGUUAGGGGCAUUUGGUUUGUUAGCAAAUGAGUGGCAGCAAGAGGCAGCUACUCUUGCUUUUCCUGUGUCUGUAAAUUAGCCAGUGGUGGAUUCCAACCGGUGUUACUACCAGUUCUCUUCUGCGCAUGUGCUUUGCGCUGCUUUUCAUUUUGGGUCUUUUUCCCUUGAGCUGUGCACUUAAGACAUUUUAUGUGAGAUGCCUCUCUGUAGUCCUCUCAUGAACUAGCUAUACUAUAGAGAGCAAUUGUGAAUAGAAUCAUGAUAAAUCUAUUUUUUACUAAUAUUUUAAAUACUGGGUGUGUGAAAGCAUUGUAGCAAUGCUUAAUUGCCUUAUCUAGCAAUGUUGCUUCUUUCUUUCAUCCCAAGAAUACUGUAAAUUGAUUGUGGCAUACAAUGUAAAUAUACUGAGAUGGAGAAAGAGCUGGUUUUUAAUAUCAUAUCCUUUUCGCGAGUCUCCCCUUCAACUUCCAUAUAGUCAAUUGCAAUAGAAGAAUAUGUGGAAAGAAGAGGAGAAAUAGAAUAAUGGUCCUCACUUUAACAGAGUUGAAGAAAUCUUUGAUUUACAAAACUUAAGCCAUCAAGAUUAAAUUCACAUCCAAUUACAACAGACACAGACAGAUUGGCUAGUGGCUAUUUUAGAUAUUCAGUCACAUCUGAUAUUCAGUUUCCUUUAUUUACUGUUGUUUGCAACUAUUUACUCUGCUUAGUCAUUGCUUCAUGUGGUUCAGAAAGAGAACUGAAAGGUGAUGGGUUUUUCUUCUCAAAUGAAUUCCAGCAAAUUAUCUCCUGGCAUGCAAAGAAUCUUUCCUGGAAAACAAACUAUUUCUAAAAUGUCUAAAUUAGGCAGUGUCUUUUAAUUAUAACCGUUAACAAAAGUACACUAUUCAAACUUUGGCAGUUGACCUUCCAUGGGUAACAAUAUAAAGGUAUUUGGAGAUCCAAAAGUUCCUUUUAGUGGCUGAUCAUCAAUCUCCUCCUCAUGCUCUGUGAAAAGCAUAAUCCUUGUGGAUGACCAUAUACAAUUCAUCUUCAGAUAUGGAUUUUCCUAACAUGGAGUACAAUAGCCAGUUUUGGAGUACAGUAGUGAAGAUGGUUGUUAUUGGCAAAGUUACCUUUGCUCUACAGUCGACAAUGAACUCUAAUCACUCUCAUCCUACACAAUUGCUGAACUCAGAUUCACCAUAAAACUGGCUAAGGCUCUAUUAUGUUAGGCAGAUCCAUGGAUGAAGAUUUAAGCAAUGAAAAAAUCAUAUGUAAUGUAUGUGCAUCACAAAUUCAAUGGCUAUUAACAUUGCCAAGCUUUCAGUGAACAUGAGGAGAGUAAAGAAAUCUCAGGUGAUUAAGUAAUGUAAUGAAAUGAGUCUAUUAUUAUUAUUGUUGUUGUUGUUAUUAUUAUUAUUGUCGUUGUUGUUAUUGUUAUUUCUUCAGACCAUUUUGUAGAUUUUUUUCAGCCACUGAGGGAGAAAACACUAUUCUAAGAAAACAGAAUGUUUUCAAGUCUACCAUUUGUUUUAUAUAUCGACAGAGAAAUGAUCUCUUUAUUUUAAUUUUCUUGCACAAUUUCAAGAAUUUAGCCACUGUGGUUUAAUGGCUCCCCUAACACUCUUUUGCAAUUGUAAGUACUCAGGGGUUUCACUGAAAAGGAUGGCUGGAUGCAGCUUCAGGAGUAAUUGUAUUCAACAAACUUCUAUAAUUAUGCAGCAACAGCAGAAAUGACACAAUUUUCAGUCAACCUAUUGUGACAGACAUUGUGUAACGUCAUACAAUCAAAUGCAAUGUUUAGUAAACAUAAACCUCUUUGUCAUUUUGUAUUUAUUUAUACAGGUUUAAAAAUAAAGCACACAUUUAAAAUAUA